AUACGUUGUCUAUUUUAUUAAAGAGCAAAAUUUCUUCGUUCGGCUUCCAACAUCCCAAGUGGGGGAGAAGAAAGCACUUUGAUAGAGUGGCAAUACACACCUAAAUAGAAACUUCACACUCUGCCCACUUCAUAAUCACCAAACAUGGCUAACAAUUUAUGGUUAAUUUAUGGUUGUUGCUCUAAGACACAAACACCACAUCUUCUUCAUGAUUUCUUAGUACUUGUAAUUGUAGAUGAAGAUUGUAAACAAUUACAAGUACUAGGAGGGCAUGAAAGAGUUGAUGUGUUUGUACCUUGGAGCAUCGCCAAAUCGCCAAGUGUGUGUUGCCACUCUGUCAAAGCAAUUUCCUUCUUCCAUUUGAGAUUUUGGAAGUCGAAUGAAAAAGUUUUCUUCUUUGCUAGCAUCGAUGACGUAUACUAUUACGAUGGAAUAACGAGGCAUUGAAAGAGAAAUAAGGGGGAAUACUGAAGAGGAUUAUCAUUAAGGUUAAAGGGAGAUGUUAUGUUUGGUUUUGAAUAAAAUUUAAUCUUGAUGUGGGAUUUGAGUAACCAAGAGAUUGGUGAUACGAGUGGUAUAUUUGAAUAAAUAAUUAGUUAAAUAAUUUAAUAUAUCAUUUGUAUUAAAUUAAAUCUCCACCAGAUUGUGAAGGAGACAAGAUCUUUACUCAUGCAUGACAUUCUUUCAAGAAGUGUGAGAAACAUGUUCUCUGGUAUCAACAACACUUUCUUCAAUUCUGUUAAAACAUCCUUCUUCAUCCUCUUCAUCUUAUCUUUCCUAAAAUGUCUAUUCUCUAAUUUCAACAGAGGUGACUAAAUUUGUGUUUCUCCACUCCCAAACUUGUGAAAUCCCUUCUAGUAAGAGCCAAGCUACACCAAAAUCUUUCCGAUAUACAUGUUCUUUCACUGAGUGUGUGUUGUCACUCUGUGAAAGCACUCUUUUAUUCCAUUGGCGAUGUUAGAAGUUUAUCAAAAAGUUCAUGUUCUUUGCUAGCGUAGAUGAUGUAUACUAUUACAAUUGAAUAUAAUGAUUAUGUACUGGAGGAGAUAUGAGUGGGGAGUGCUAAAGGUUAUCAUCAUCACUAUCGAAGGGAGACAUCUACUUUGUGGGUUUAAACAAAAUUUAUUCUUGAUGUGACAAUUUUGAAUAAUCUAAAGUCUAAAGAUUAGUUACAAGUAGUUUGCUGUGAAAACAAAACAUAUUUUUUGAUCUAUUUGUUUGUUCAAUAUAAGUGGGCAUUUGAUAGUGAAUUUGAAUAAUGAAGAGUUAGUGGUUUUGAAUAUCUGAAGCGAGGGAGGGAUAACGUUAUACAUGUACUGAUAGUCUUAGAGUCACUGGUCCGUGCUUUGGUGGUAUAUCAUCAUUGUUCAUUGUAAGUAGCAACAUCAAUGACAAAUGAUAUAAGGAGUCCAACAAUGAGGUGAGCAAUGUGAGUUGAAAUCCAAGCUGCCGUGUUAGCAUUGGCAAGUGAUGAUGACUGGGAGCAGUACCUAGACAGAAUAAGAGGGAAAGAUCAUCUAUAACAACACACUAAACUCAGAAGUUCAUUUUUUGUUUCCCUCGACAUUCAAUCUCCCUAUUUACAACAACCGCAUGAAAAGUAUUGCCGCCCAAACUAUUGCCCGAAGGUCACCGGGCAACCUGCCCUAUCAAUUGUCCACUUACCACUGAUCUCUCAUUAUGGAGUACUCUGUAUUUCUCAACCGCUCACUUUCUCAGACCAUCGCAUCUCAGCAUCUUCAGAGUUUUGCCUCUUCUAUAGCACUGCGAUUGAAGGCUAGAAAGCCGUUGGUUUGUUGGUGGAAACCAAUGGAUCUUCCUGCCAACAUUUUCCAGCUCUGGGUUGCAUCUUUUUCGAGAUAUGUCGUGCUUGCAGUUUUAUUAGCUAUUCAUCAUCUUCCUAGCAGCUAUGUGACAUGCAAAUUUCAGCAUCGAUUUCUUCAUUUUGCGUUAAUUAUCAAGGUUUCAAUUCUAUCUUCUUUUCAUUUAGAUUUUAAUCCGCAUAGAAAAACUAUCAAAGCCUAAAGAAGAAGAGCUUGUGUCUUGAUGAAGACGUUGAUUGGUCAAGAUAAGGUUAUAGGGAGGUAUAAUUAUUGACAUAUUACAGAGUAUUUUUGACACCAAUCAAUAGUUUUAGUUUAUUUAUUUUGAGAUCCUGGAUACAUUUCGUGUCUAAUUGGGUAAUAUGAUUCUAUGAAUCAACAUUUGUAUCAAUCUUUAGAAAAAGUAUUCUGUAUUUACACAAUUUUGAACACUUUUUCUCAAUUUUUCUAUCAUGCGGAUAUUGUAAUUACAAGAAUUAGUGUCUUCUAAAUAGUGUUAAAUAUUUGCCUUCCUCAAGCUCAUUGAGUCAUAUUCGAGUAUUUGUUUAACUCUAAGCUUAUAUUUUUCUUUUACAAAUUUUGAGAAUACUGAAAUCAAGUUUGUUUCAUGCCUUAAUAUCUUUUAAUUCUAAAAAAUAUCUAAAAAAUAUCUAAAAAAUUCAUUUUGGAUAUUCUAGAGUUAUAUUCAAGUAGUACUUUUAAAAAGAAUAUAUGUUCUUAUAAAUUCCAAACUCCAUAUUUAGUUCGCAAAUUGUUAAUCCUAGGGCAGAUCCCUAGCGGCAGAAGGGAGACAACAGUGAUCAAGGGGUAAUGAGGCAGGGAGGACGAACGGCAGCACCAGAUUAGAGUUUCGACCACUAACAACCUUUUCUUUUUCCUUUUGAAAUUUCUGAAUAUGUAUGGCACGAUCUUGCAUUAUCUUCCUCUUUUCUUUGAUGCAGGGAUAAUGUCUCUUGCUUUGGAUUCUUGCCGUAGGUCAACAACGUCACACUUCAAUAUCACCACCACCAUUUUAAAGUCGUAUUUUCUUCUUUUGAAUCCAUUUUUAAAUUUGGACUUCUCAAACAACCAAUGAAUUAAAAGUCAUUUAUCACAUUUAAUUUUACUGCUUUGUGAUGUUUGAAUAUGCUAUGGGUAAAUGAUUUGAUAACCUAAAGUAUGAUAAUAUGACAACACAUAAGUCUCAAAGUUGGGUUUAGACUUAAGACCACUAGACCGUUAUAUCGUAUAGUCAAGUGUAAUGUUUUCUCUAAAGCUUUUAUCACUCCCUGUAGGAUCAUAAAGUGUUUAUUACCCCAAAUGUGAAUCCACUAGAUGCAUCAUUCAAAGGUUGGUCAAUGCAGUUCAAGGUCAGGUACAAAGCUUGCCUAAGAAGUUAUCAUCCCUUUGUGGUGGCACUUUAAUAAAUUUGUAAAAGACUCUAGUUAUGAUUCUAAAAUGUGGCACCAGGUUCUUCAACGGUUGGUUAACUAAUGAAUUAGUUAAGUUAAAGUUCAUUACAACAUUGUCUGAAAAACCGUUCCUGCCUAAACAACCAGGCUAUUGUGGCUUAGGUUUGUAGUUCUUCACACAUCAUUUAGUCCCGAGCCUCCCACUAUUUCACACACAUUGCAGGCUUAUGA